AUGUCUAUUGCCACUCCAUGUAGUCCAGUGUUAAUGGGUCGAGAUUGGCUUCACAAGCUUCGCCUCAACUGGAAAACCAUUAAGUUGUCGAAAUCCUCAGAUCCCAGCCAUAGAAACCCUGGCACAACUACACAAGAGAAGCUGAAAAACCUAUUGGAUACGCAUGCAGAGGUUUUUGAAGACAAGCUCGGAACUUUCAAAUCUGCCAAAGCAAGGAUAACCCUCAAAGAAGGUAGUCAACCACAGUUUCGCAAAGCUCGUCAGGUCCCAUAUUCCUUACGACCGAAAGUGGAGGAAGAAGUGAAGAGACUUCAGAGCGAAGGUAUUUUGUCGAAAGUAGAGUGGAGUGAUUGGGCGACACCGAUUGUACCAGUGCCGAAACAAGAUGGUUCAGUCCGUAUUUGUGGUGACUUCAAAGGUACUAUUAACCCAACAUUACAAGCAGAACAGUAUCCUCUGCCUCGAAUAGAAGAUAUCUUUGCCCAUGUAGCUGGUGGGAAAACGUUUUCCAAGAUCGACCUCCGCCAAGCUUACCAUCAGAUUGAGUUGGAGGAAGAAUCCAAGAAGUACCUUACAAUUAAUACGUCCGUGGGCUUGUUUCAAUAUAAUCGAUUGGUGCUUGGUAUUACCUCCGCUCCCGCCAUUUGGCAGCGUACCAUGGAUCAGAUCCUGGAAGGAACUUCUGGUUUUAGUUGUAUCCUCGAUGAUAUGAUUGUGACGGGUAAAAGCAACGACCUGGAGGAGGACCUUCGACGGCUGCACCACCAUGGGUUAAGAGCCAAUAAAUCGAAGUGUGAGUUCUUCAAAGAAAAGAUCACGUUCUGUGGCCACGACAUUAAUAGCGAAGGCCUGCACAAGAUCACCGACCAGACAGCUGUAAUGGUGAAUGCCCCUCGCCCCCAGAGUGUUGCAGAGGUACGCUCCUUCCUGGGAUUGGUGAAUUAUUACCACAAAUUCCUGCCAAACCUUGCUACAAUCCUGCAUCCAUUGAACCAAACGCUGGAAAGUAACUACAAAUGGAACUGGACAGAUCAAUGCGAAGAAGCUUUUUGCAAAGUUAAAGCAAUGAUUGUUUCAGAUCUGGUGCUUACACAUUAUGAUCCUAACCUUCCCUUACAACUGGCUUGUGAUGCUUCACCUGUAGGAAUUGGAGCGGUACUAUCCCAUGUCAUGGCAGACGGCACAGAGCGAGCGAUAUCGUUUGCAUCGAGAUCCCGGUCGAAGGCGGAGCGCAACUACGCACAGAUAGAUAAAGAAGCGCUGGCUACAGUGUGGGGAGUCAAGAAAUUCCACAAUUACCUUUUCAGAAGGAAUUUUACCUUACUGACUGAUCAGGAGCCUCUCACUUCAAUCUUCCAUCCCAGCAAAAGCCUUCCUGCUGUCACUGCUGCUAGAUUACAACGCUACGCUUUGUUAUUGGCGGGUUUUGACUAUACAAUUAGAUACAAGAACACUAAGUUACACGAAAAUGCGGAUGGUUUGUCUCGAUUACCCUUGAAUAGUGAGACAACAGAAGAAGAGCCAGAUCCAAGUGGGCCUCUUCUAUGCCACGGAGUUUGA